CUGAUUCGCCCCAGAUGCCUACGCGACGUUUCUCAUGUCGAUACAUCGGUGCAAUGGUAUGGAAGGAAGCAUAGCUUCCCGAUUGGCAUAGCUCCAACGGCUUUCCAUCGCAUGGCUACAAAAGACGGUGAACUGAGUACAGUUGAAGGCGCUUCUGCGACCGGGUCAGUAAUGAUUGCAAGCUCAUGGUCCACAACCUCAAUAGAAGAGAUUGCGGUGGAGGCCAAAGAGAAGAAAGUCGAACUUUGGUUUCAGUUGUACGUCUACAAAGACAAGACGAUAACUUCGGGUCUAGUCUCGAGAGCAGAAGCAUGCGGAUGUAAAGCUCUGGUACUCACUGUGGAUACACCAGUCCUAGGAAGACGUCUGCCUGAUAUCCAGUUUCAUUUUCGGUUCGCAAACUUCUCCACUUUGCAAUCAUCAGUGAUGCCAUCAACGGAAGUUGGAGCAUCUGGUUUUAUGCAGUACGUCUCAAGCCAGAUUGACCCGUCACUCAAUUGGGAUGUUAUCGACUGGCUGUUAAGAACGACGAAGCUUCCGAUCAUUAUUAAAGGUGUGAUGCGGGGCGAUGAUGCUGAAGAAGCUGUCCGUCGAGGAGUUCAUGGAAUCAUCGUAUCUAAUCAUGGUGGACGGCAGAUGGACAGCGCACCGGCUACAGUCAGUCACAUUAUUUUCACUUCCUUUCGAAUGUAUCCCACCUUUUUACUGGCCACUUUUGGGACAAUUUUCACGUUCCCAUCUUUUCACUAG